GGAGGCAGACAAACUCUGCGCUGCUCGCAGCGAUCGAUGUAGCUGCUCGUGACAGGCCUGCAUCCACACCAGCGACAGUUUUAACCUCGGACUGUGCGGCUGGCCGACGGCGUCACCGUUCCGCCUCCAGCAGGCACACUGCGUGAAGGGUUUGGCAUCGAGCGACCGCCGUCCCGAAGCAGAAGGGACUUCCUCUCCGCAGCGCGCCAGCCAUUCCCAACUCCAGUGUAGGAUCGGGUUCCUGGCCCGCGCAUCCAACAAGGCCAGCGCAACCUCGGUGUGGUCUCGGGCCUGUCGGGGUGCAUGGAGUGUUCGGUGUGCCUGGAGGUCCCCGAGAAGCGCAUCCCCCAGCGCCACCUGAACGCCACGUGCCGGCCGCGCCACAUCUAUGCCACGUUCGUGGGCGCCUGCUCGUGCGCCAUCGUGUGGUGCGUGUGGUGCGCCCGCAAGGCGUCCGACUACCGCCUCAAGCAGGCCAUCAACUCCCCGGCCGCGGCCGAGUCCGAUGACGACCAGGUGGAGAUGGUGCCGUGCCCGAUGUGCCGCGCCGCCGUGCACCCCACGCGCUUCAUCACGCACCCCAAGCCGCUGAGCCCCGCCGAGCGCGCGCGCCUGGUGCGCGAGUACAAGCCGCCGCCGUGCUGGUUCAUCUGGGGCAGCAACGUGUGCCGCUUCGGCCGGCUGUGCCGCAACAGCCACGCCGGCAUCGACGGCCGGCCCGUGCAGUGCGGCAAGCCGCUGUCCAAGGAGGAGUGGCUGGCCCGCCUGCCCGAGCCCUUCUACAUGCCGCCCUCCUUCCUGGACCGCGAUGGCCGCGCCUGGUACUACACGGAGCGCCACGGCUACGUGCACAUCGUGGACCCCCACAGCCCCCAGGUGUGGGAGAAGCUGGACACCGCGGCGCGCUUCUCCCCGAUGUCCGACAAGCACCCGAGGGACUUGUUCGGCUUCGGCGGCGCCACCUCGGGCGCCGUGGCGUCCGGCGCCGACGUGGGCGGCGCGGUGCCGCGGGCACAGCACUCGCAGCACCAGCGGGACAACGAGACCUGGCGCUGGGUCACGUGACGGAAGCGGGACUGCGAGCCUACACUGGGGCCUCGGCUCCUCUGCCCCAGUGGCCCUAGGCUCUGCCCGAGUGGCCCGAGGGAAUGCCCGGACUAGAAGCAAAACGGCCUGCGUGGUCCGAAGCUCGUUCCGACUCGUGCUUUCGUCGCUCUGCCUCUCCCGCGCCGUCACACGAGUGCGAGAGAGACAGAGCGACGAAGCCUUGUUUGGCAUCAGCCCGCAGGCCAGAGGCAUGCUGUUGGGUUGGAGCCAUCGCCACGGUGUGACUACGGUGUGCCUUUAUUUUCUGUCUCCAGCUGCUCCGGGGGAACCCGGUGAGAGUUGUCUAGUAAGAACUAUUCCGACGUCUCAACCCACGACAAAUGAGUGUCGUACAAACGCCCCGUAGAUGUCCGUAAAUACUAGAUUAAUUUGAUAGGACGUGUGUAGGACGGAGCCGGAAACUGACUUAUUGUGAAAGCCCUUGUGGAAAAACAGUACGCAAGCACAGCGGUAGGAGGGCAUCUCUCUGCAGGCUCAAGGAGGCAAUCCAGUGUAAUCGUGAUUUGCUCUUAAGUUGUUGAAGAAGUGCCCCACCACUUUGUACUUUAUUUUUCAAGUAGACUGAUUCAGAAAAUUCUCCACAUCUUUACCUUUGACAUAUUAGGUAGACUCGGGAUUAUUUGGAUGGCUAUGAAUUUUAUGCAUUUGUUGUCUACCAUUCUCUUUCCAUAUGUUAGAAAGUCUGCUGGAGUAGCUCAUUACACAACCAAGGAGAUAGAUUCAAGUAUUUUCAUUGAAUUUUAUUUAAUAUGUUGUAAGUGCUUUAUUUAGAUAUGGGUGAGAGGAGAAUGCAUGAUAGUUCAGUAUUUUGUAAUUUUAUUUUAUGGCAGAAAAUAUGACUGAUCUUAAAAAUAUUCAAAUACAAAAAGCACUCUGUUGUCUUGUCAAGUCUGAGUCAACAUUAGCAAUGAGUUGACAAAUUAUAUUCUUGCCUAACAUAGCUUAGGCUAAAAUGAAUAAAGAGAGAUAAAUCUCAACAUUA